AUCACUGGCACAGAUAGGUCAGUGCAGUGUAACUAGAGACAAAAGAGCAGGAUUAAGCCUACUUAAUUUCAAGAGCUUGUACAGACCCUGGACACAACAUUCUGUGAUGAUGAAUCAGUGGAUCAUUUGUCUUAUACUGCAGCUCCUUUUCAAGUUGUGUAUAGGCACACAUGUCGAAGUAGUGACUGGAUCUACACUGAACCUGCCAUGUUUUCCAUUCCUAACAGAACUCUCAGGAGCGCCCAUCUCCUGGAAAUUCAAUGGUGUUGACAUAAUUUCCUCGGAUUCUGUGACAACAAAUGCCACACAUCUGUCCAUAUCUCCAGUAAAAACUGAAAAUCAGGGCGAGUAUGUGUGUUCUGCGAUGGACCCAGACCAAAAUUUUGAGAUGAGAAGAACUUACUCUGUGAUCGUUAAAGGAUUCAUAAGCUAUAUCAUGCUGGUCGCAGAAGGAACCAAUGCCCGUCUUCCUUGCAAUUAUGGAUCUGAUCAUCAAGUCAAAGGCAACGCACUGUGGUUCAAAGAAAUGGCAAACAAUAAAAUAAAAAUGUUGACCCACGCUGAUCAUACAAUGAGUGAAGAUGGAAAAGCGGGACUGCUCUACCCCAUGGACCAUGACCAAACCAUGAGCUUAAGAGAUGUGACCAUGGAGGACCAGGGGCUGUACCACUGUGAUUCUCCCGAUGGAGCCAGACUCAGCACGGUUGAACUUAUUGUGAAAUCUGCUCCAACCCUUCCACCUCACUCCUGUGAAGGCUUUACCACCCCCUGGGAAGAAUGUGAGGGCGACCACGAAAACACCCGCGUCACUGGCUCUGUUCUGAAGGAAUCAUUGACUGAGUUUGCAUUUAAACUAUACUCGGCCUUCAAAGAAUCCAAGCCACUGAACAACUUUCUCUACUCACCAAUAAGCAUCAGUGGAGCUUUGGCACAUUUGUUGUUAGGAUCAAGAAAUAAAACCCGUGCAGCCCUCGAGGGGGCUCUCUCACUCCCUCCCAUGUUCCACUGUGUUCACUCCGAGAUGAAAAGACUCAGAGAGAAGCUAUCUGGAUCUUUGCAAAUGGCCUCCCAGAUCUACUACAACAGAGAACUCAAUCUCAGCAGAUCUUUUCUAAAGCAGUCAGAUGAAUUUUAUGACUCAGAGCCUGUCAAGCUGAAAGAAGACAGUGAGGAGAAUGUUCAGAUGAUCAACAGCUGGGUGGCGGACAAAACCAAAGAUAAAAUCAGAGAACUGGUGAAGGAUGUUCCACAGAGCACUCAGCUGAUGCUUCUCAAUGCAGUGUCCUUUAGUGGGAUGUGGACCAUAAGGUUUGAUGAAAAGACCUCAAAAGGAUACUUUACAAAACUGGAUGGUGACAUGGUAAAAGUGCCUGUUUUAAGAAAUGACGAUUUUCAAGGAUCUAUGGCGUUUGUCCCACAGCUGAAAACACAGGUGAUGAGGUUUGAGCUGACGGGAAACAACAGUCUGUAUAUCCUGCUGCCUCAGACACAUAAAGCCAGUGACCUGCAGCAGGUGGAGUCCAGGCUGACAGAUGCAGCUGUGCGUCAGAUGAUAGAUCAAGUGCAAGGAGAAGUUCCACAGAGUAUCCAGGUCAUCCUGCCCCAAAUUAAGCUCAAAAGUGAACAAGACAUGAAUGUCAUAAUGAAGAAAUUAGGGCUGUUUUCACUCUUUGAAGGUGGGAACCUCUGUGGCCUGUAUGCUGAGCAACCCCUGGUCUUGGAUGAAGCCAAGCAUAAAGCCUUUCUGGCACUGACAGAGGAGGGAGUGGAGGCAGCUGCUGCCACUGUUAUGGGAUUCUCCCGAUCUCAUCCGUCCUUCUCUGCCCUGCGCCCCUUCAUCCUCUUACUGUGGAGCGACACAGCUCAAGUGCCUCUGUUUAUCGGCAGAGUGACUGAGCCAUGAGGGUCCUGAUGUUUAAGAAAAUAUACACCAAUAGGAAUGUGUAUCUGUCUGCGAAGUAAUCGCCCUAAUAUCGUACAUCAUGAGAUUAUAAUUAAAACACUUAAAACAA